UUGGACCUCCCAAAGUGCUGGGAUUGCAGGCGUCAGGCACCGCGCCUGGCCAACAUCGCUUAAAUGACAUAGGUAAGCAAAGGAGGCUUUUUUUGAAAUACGCUCAGGCUGAGAAGCUGCUCCUUGUGCCUCCCCGGCCCGUUCCACCUGCCCCCCGUUGCCUGGGCCUAGACGGGAAUCCUCCCUCCCCCUCCCGCCUCUAAAUGCCUUCCAAGCCCCCUGAGACCCAGGCCCCUCCACUCCACGCAGAACCGGUUCCCAAAAGGGCCGGGAGGUGGCGCCCGAGGCCCGGCGCCCCAUCCGGGCAGCCUCCAGUUCGGAGGCAGGGGCUCCCGCUCCCCUUCCCAGACAGUUCGUGUGGCGCUUUCGCUGGGGAGGAGGCCACGCCCGGCGCAGGGCAGCUCCGGCGCUUUCCUCCUCCCUGUCUCUGCCCUCCGACUCCCGUCCCUCUCCUCCCUCGCCCCUGUCCCAGGUUCUCCUUCCUGCGGACUAAAUUUAGAGGCCCUGUCCCAGAUAAGCCCCUCAACCCCCGGUGCCCCCAGGAAGCCAGAGAAGCCCCCUACACAGCCCAUAGAGGGCAGAGAAUGAGUCUGUCCUGUGGCCCCCAUAUCAUCUCUUGGGGCCAGCAUACCCUGGGGUCCAACUGAAAGGGAGAAGAGAGAACAUCGCCAGGGCACCUACUGUGUGCUGAAUGCCUGGUGAGGAGUGGAAGGGAGAGAAC